AGCGAGCCUGCCCACCGGGGCCGUGCCCUGAGGGCUGCAGCUUCUGCUGCUGGCAGCAAGCGUGGGGCUCUUGCCAAAGGCCUGGACCUCUUCAACGCCAUUGUUUAUAAAACCACCCUGGUUUAAGUGUGCUUUUAUUUGCUAUAAAUUGCAUUUCUAGGSUCGGUAGACAUUAAAGCGGGUACUUUAUAAAGUCUUGUUACUCUUGCGCACUUSACACCGCUUUGCAUGUGGUGGGUCGGCCCCCAGUUUGUCAGGCUGCCCCAGGUGCUCAAUGCCUGCGUUAACACGAAGCCCAGUUGCUUCAGGAAGACCGAUCAGAAGGCUGAAACCGAAGAUGACUUUGUUAAAGUUAAAAGGAGGGAUCUGGAAAGGCUGACAACGGAGGUUAUGCAGUUGCGGGAUUUCUUACCCAAAAUACUGGCUGGGGAUAUCUUGGGGACAUUCCAGAAACUGGAUGCUCUUGAAUCAAACAUGGAGAAAAAGGAGGAAGAAGUAGAGCAGCUGAAAAUGGAUUGUGAACACUUCAGAGCCCGCCUGGAAAUAGCCCAGGCAGACUGUAUGAGAGAGAAGAAGGAGAAGCUAGACCUGCGGCAGCACCUGAACGAGGCUAAGCAGCAGCUCCUGCAGCAGGCGGAAUAUUGCACAGAAAUGGGGGCAGCAGUGUGCACCUUGCUGUGGGGUGUAUCUAGCAGCGAGGAAGCAGUGAAAAAUAUCCUAGGAGCAAGUAAAGCAGUAAAAUUUUUUACAAUCACUGCACAGACUAUGGAGAGCUUUGUGAAGUCGUUAAAUGAAGACAUGAAGCAGCAGGAUCUGGAUUCUGAUGAAAAUCAGUUUGUCUUGGCUUUGGCAGGGAUUGUAACAAAUGUAGCCGCGCUGGCCUGUGGCCGGGAAUUCUUGGUUACUUCCAAUCGGGAGCUACUGGACACCAUGAUGCAGCUCUUGGGAGACAUGAAGCCUGGACUCUGUACUAAAUUUAAAGUGCUAAUGCUUAUGUCACUUUACAAUGUGAGCAUCAACUUGAAAGGCUUGAAGUACAUCAGUGAAAGUCCUGGUUUUAUUCCUUUGCUUUGGUGGCUAUUGAAUGACCCGGAUACGGAAGUUUGUCUUCACGUGCUGCGACUUCUGCAGUCGGUGAUUCUGGAGCCAGAGGUUUUAGCCAGGUCGGCCCCCGAGAUGCGGGACACGCUGCCCUUCCAGCGUAUCAUUGCGCUCUCCAAGAGCCGCAACGCAGACUUGCAAGCACUGGCCAGAGAACUACUUGAAGACCUUAAAAUCCUUGAGUAUGAAGCAUAGAAGAGCUCUGUGACACCAACUGCUUACAUUUUUUCCUGUAUUUUUACGCUACAGGAGUUGUUAGAGAUGGUCUUGACUGAGAAGCCUUUGCCYAAGCUGCUCUGCCUGAGUUCCUUUCUGAAACUAGACAACCCAAYUAAAAUAAUACUUGGCCAAAUGUGCUGGAUUUUAAGUGUCCAAAUGCCAUAUUAGGUACUCUGGUAGAGAUGGAAAAGGCUUAUUUUUCUUGAGUAGGAUUCUGUUGAUAAUGGGUUUCCAAAAUAAUUCGAGUUACAUUGCCUAUUUACCUAUUGCCUACCAUAGGUAGGGAGUAAGGCAGUCAUCUCACCCCUUGGUACUGUGUGGUAUUUGCAGUGCAGUGUAAAUAAUCCUUCUGAUCCAUCUGUAAGGACUGCUGUGCUGGAGGAAAACUGUUGCUUUUCAUAACUGUUCUGUGUCAGAAUGCAUCUCAGGGUUCAGUUUUACCGUUGUAACUUCUUUCACCCUCCCUUGUAAUAAAAGAAAACUCAAAUUC